GUCCCCCGGCGGCGUCUGUGUUUGACCGGCGCUCAUGGCUCUGGACGCUCUGAUCCGGAUCUUUGCCAUCAUGUCAGCGUGUGUGUUUGGGCCGAGUGCUGCUGUCUCUCUGUCUGUCCCGGGACGAGUGCUGGCUCUGGAGGGCUCGUGUCUCGUCAUCCCCUGCUCCUUCAGCCCUGCUCCGGCCGCUCAGACGAUGCAGCUUCGCCUCAUCAGAUCCUCCACGCCGUUCUUCAUGAUGCUGAGGAAGCUGGUGUUCAGCUCUGAGCGCGGCGACGCCGUUCAUCCCGACUUCAGAGAGCGAACGGCGCUCGCGGGGAACAUCAGCGCCGGCGACUGCUCCGUCAGCAUCAGCAGCGUCCGCAGAGACGACCAGAACACAUACGAGCUGCAGAUGAGGGAGCGGGGUCAAAGGGCAUGGCCUGCGGGCAGCAAGGUCAACGUCAGCGUGACUGGUUCGCCGGAGCCGCCGCAGCUCACGGACCCGGGGCCGGUGAAGGAGGGCCAGCGGCUCGUGUUGAACUGUUCGGCGAGGUUCAGCUGUCCGUCCGAUCGGCCUCGUCUGCUGUGGAAGUGGGAGCGCGGCGAUCCGGCCGGCAGCAGCAUUCACGGAGACACGGAGCUGCAGCGGGACACCGGCUGGUUACCGGUGCUUCAGACCAGCCUCGUCUUCACCGUCCCGCGCCACACAAACCCCAGAGUGAGAUGUGAGCUGGAGUAUCCCAACAACAGACGAUCCUCGGCCACCCGCGAGAUCCUCGUCCACUGUGAGAAACCCUCAUCACUAACAAACCCAGUUCAAACCAGAAUCUCACUGCUGUGUGCCAGAAACUGUUCCAGAGUGAGAUGUGAGCUGGAGUAUCCCAACAACAGACGAUCCUCGGCCACCCGCGAGAUCCUCGUCCACUUUCCUCCCAGAGACGUGUGGGUUCAGGUGCUGAGCGCUUCGGUGCGUCUCGGAGGAAAUGCUCUGCUCCUCUGCUCCUGUAAGGCAGACCCGCCGGUCUCUGAGUACCAGUGGUGGAGCGUGGAGUCUGGAAACACACAGAUCCUGCCCAAACGCACGCACACCGUCCGCAUCUAUAACAUCAGCCGAGACACACGCGUCCAGUGCAGCGCUGCAAACCCACUGGGACGCGCCUCGUCCCGCCCGACGCCCCUCAACGCGCUGUACGCUCCGGUGAUUGUGUCCCUCUCGUCCUGUGACUGGGACGGGAUGCUGCUGUCCUGCUCUUGUGUUGUGGACUCGAACCCUCGUGCUGCCGUCACCUGGAGUGUGAACGGGACUCACCUGUCGGACAGGUUUAACACCUCGUCUUCUUACGACAACCACAUCGUGACGGCGACGCUCCGCGGGAUCUCAGACGCGCGGCUGCCGGUUGAGUGUCACGCUGUCAGCGCUCUGGGAAACCACUCGCUCCUGCUGUAUGAGCCUCACGAGGGUACGAUACGCUGCCAGUUAUUCAAACCCAUCUGCCCACGCACAAGAGACAGAGACGAGGAGCGAGACGCCAGCGAGCGCAGCGCCAGAUCCCCGUCACUGCUGACUCCGACACGGCCGUCUAUGUGGAGGUCCUCUGAACUCAGACUGUGUGUUCUGUCUGUGUGCAUCUUCACUGAGAGCUAA